UAAAUUUCAUUGUUUCUUUUCUUCAUUUCACUCUGGAUAUAAAAAAAGUAGAAAGACCUAUUCAAAUUUGGCGCCACGUUUUGACAUCGCAAUAUGGCCGCUCCCCACCUUGCGGCUAAACAUGGCGAAUCCACGUAAUUCGACGAAUGAACCCACGUGAGAUGAAAGUGCGAGAAGUGAGCGCUCUCGUCGAAACCACGUAACGAACGCCCUACUCGUUUCAAUGAAUAGUCUCGGAUUUUCACCAGCAGAAACGUUCGGUAAUACCGCGAGCUCCUCAUGUUUCACAUUUUCGCUCGAUUUGCUUUACGUAAUAGACCCCAUGCUCUGAGAUGGGACUUCGGGCUCGUCCAUAUAUUCUUACGUCAUGGUUUACACAGAGGCGAGUGCGGCCACCGGGAUGUCAACAUUCGUGCCAAUUGCCGGGAAGGAGGGAAAAUAGAAAAAAGGCGCUGGCUUCGAAAAGAAGUGUCGAGAACGGCGACCCGGUUAGGACAUGGCGGAGCCCCCGACCGAGGGCGACAGUUUUUCGGCCAGGGGCGGGGGCAAGGGGCCUUUUCUCGUAUCGGAGUAAGUGGCGCACCAGACGCUUGAUUUUGCGCACCGCGCGAUGGGAUUCGACGUGCAUCGGUUUCAGGGCGACGUCGACGAGGAACUCCUCUGUCCGAUUUGUUCCGGAGUCCUGGAAGACCCCGUGCAGGUGAGCGAUGUGUUACAGGCCUCGGCGUGCGAGCAUGCCUUCUGUCGAGUCUGCAUCAACGAGUGGAUCAACCGACAACCGACGUGUCCUUUGGACCGGACGCCGAUCACAUCGGCGCAGCUCCGAACGGUGCCCAGAAUCCUGCGGAACCUCCUAUCCCGGCUGUGUAUCAACUGCGACAACGCAAUGUACGGCUGUCAAACGAUGGUCAAGUUAAACAGCUUGACGACUCACCUGGAGGAGUGCGAGUUCAACCCGAAGAGGCCGGUUAGUUGCGAGCAAGGCUGCAGCGUCAUCAUUCCGAAGGACGAGCUGAAGGACCACAACUGUGUGCGGGAACUCAGAAAGGUCAUCAAUGUCCAAAAGCAAAAGCUGUCCGACAUGAAACGGGAGCUGACCGAGCAACAGUUCCAGAUGAACGAACAGAAACGAGAGAUCAACCUGUUGAAAGACUUCAUGAGAGCCAUGAGGGUGUCCAAUCCAGCGAUGAGAGCCAUCGCCGAUCAGAUGGAGAGGGAUGAGGUUCUCCGGUGGUCCGCUACGCUACCUCGGGCAAGAGUCACCAGGUGGGGCGGCAUGAUCUCAACACCUGACGAACUUCUCCAGGUAACAAUGAUCAGAAGAACUCUCUCGGAGCACAACUGUCCACCGAACAUAAUCGACGAACUGAUGGAGAACUGCCACGAGAGAAAAUGGCCACCCGGCUUGAGCUCCCUGGAGACCAGACAGAACUUCAGGCGACAGUACGAGAAUUAUGUCUGCAAGAGAGUCCCCGGGAAACAAGCCGUCCUGGUGCUUCAUUGCGACAACCAACACAUGCCCGAGGACAUGAUGGUGGAGCCUGGUUUAGUGAUGAUCUUUGCACACGGGAUAGAAUAAGGACGAUAUAAGUGUACUAUAAGGUGGCCGAUGACUACUAUGUAAUUGCGCAAGAAACUUUCUAGUAUUUACAACGCGGUCUUAUGGUGCCGUGGAAUGAAAUAAUUCCCGCGACAUCUGGUGACGUCCGAUUCAAAUAACGCGCGCGAAACUUGGAGGCGAUAGAUGCAACCUCUGGUGGCGUUCAAUUCAAAUAACGCGCGCAAAAUCUGGCGGCGAUCGACGCGAUCUCUGGUGGGGCCUAAGCGAGGCGGCACGGUUUUCGCCGCAAUGGCUAAAUCCGACAAAAUCUUUCGUACAUUCACUGUGAUAUGCGUACACCUUUUUCGUUUUGUUCGAUGGUACCGCAACUGUGUGAUAAAUAGAGAAACAGUCAACGUUAUUCCGAUAUAUCGGCGAGGCCUAGCACACUAUCGCGCGUUUCUAACCCCACGGACUUAACCUCAAAUUUGGGCAUUUUAUAAAUUGGGUUGGUUACAA